ACAAUUCGGGUCCAUGGCCCAACCCCUGUGCGGACUCAUCUCUUUCCAGGGUUGAAAGCAGCUUGACCUGUGCCAUGGAUAGUGCGUGAGAGAGAGAGAGAGAGAGAGAAAGAGAGCGAGAGUCCACACAACAGAGCAUGGGAAGAGAAGCAUUACAAAAUUCUUCAUGAAAAAUAUAUUUGCAAAGAGGAGUUGGCAAGGAGGGAAGGAGCAUGCAAGCUCUCCACCAAAUAAGGAAAUCUUUCUUGAUUUUUGGUAAAUAAACUUAUGUAACUGUACCACUUUACUGAUCGAUUGUGUAUGCUCUUGUUCACUUUGCAGCUGCCAUAAUGCAUAGAAGAUGUACUCAUUAGUGCUCAGUUCUUUGUGGGGUCAUAUGGCAAUGACAUGAGGGCAGUAAGCAGGAUUGGUGAUCGAUCAACCAGUGAUGUUGUUGUGAGGCUAAGAACACAAGACGGCCGUGACAAUUGGGUAUAUUGUCAUUCCCAUAUCCUUAUAGAGAAGUGCAAGUAUUUUGCUGACCGUUUAUCUGAGAAUUGGCCCACGUGCCAGAUUCUUGACUCCCGCAAUUGUGUUGAGGUCUAUUGUGAAGAAUCUGAAUUUGACUACCAUGUCACUGUUCUACGUCUCUUCUAUGUUAGUAUGGAUGGUUCUGUGACUGACAUGUGGCAUGGUGUUAGAAAUGCUCUUGGCAUUCUUCGAGUGGCCGUCGAGCUUGGAUGCUCUCCUAUCAUUGCUGCCUGUGUUAAUUAUCUGGAAGCAGUCCCUUGGGAAGAGGCCGAGGAGGAGGAGAUUCUCAAAACUAUACCACGCAUGGGAUCACAAGCAGAAGCAAUUCUUGCUCGUCUCCAGCCGGUCAAUCCGACAGCCAUAGUGAAGAUUUUUCUCUCAGCCAUCCGAUUCGCCACAUCAUCACCCUCCAUCAUCAUGAAUGAUCUGAAAACCUCAGCCCAAGAGCAACUUGAAUACAUGCUUACUGAAGAUGAUGAUGUUCCCUUAUUAACAGCCGAUGACAAGAUAAAAAUAGAGGUAACAGAAUGUAUCAAAAGACUGUUAACCAGAUUUAACAAUCUAGUGGAGUCUUUGUUAUGUGAGACCAAAGAAUCAGUUUCUGAGGCUGGAAAGAUGCAAUUCUUUCAAUCCUAUUUAACUGAUUUGUCAUGGGCUUGUCAAAUAUUGGUUAAGUUGGAAACAAUGAGGGAAUUGGUUAACAGUUGGACGGAAGCAUCAGAAAAUAUACUGAAGGUUGUUGAGCAAGCAAGUCCAAAAGCUGAAAUGCUGGCGAUGAAGGUGAAGGUAAUUGAGGUGACAACAAAGGUUUUAGAGGCAAUAGGGUAUGGCACUGUCAUUAUACCUACUACAAAACGUUUUCACAUGGUGAAGGUCUGGCUUCCAUUUGUGAGGGUUAUGAAGCCUUUGAUUGAUUCGGCCACAGCUAGUGAUGAGGAUGGUCUGGCACUUAAAAUGGAUGGUGAACUAUGGCAAUCGUUGGAGUCAGCAUUUGUUUCAACGGUACUUGCAUUGCCAUCAGGGGACCAGGCAGAGAUUUUGACUGAAUGGUUAGCAAACGAGCACAUUCGGUUCCCAGACCUGACAGAGGCAUUUGAGGUAUGGUGUUACAGGUCCAAGGUUGCCAAGAGAAGACUGGCAUUGUUAGGUGGUACACAUGGUAUGGCCAAUACACUGUGAUUCAUUUCUACAUGGUUUCUUUUGCCUACUCCACUUUUGUCAAUUACCCUUGCAAUGCCAAACUUUCUUCUAUUGCCUGGAAGCCAACGUCACCAAAAAGAUGCAGGUGUCUAUAUUGUCCCAUAGUUUUGAUCCCCUUGUGUCAGUUGACGCUAAUCUUGGGCCCUUGUACAUAUUUUGAUUUUGUGGCUUGUCCAAUUGUAUAAUAUGUGAAAAUGAAUCUAUUUCUUAUCUCAGCAUAUAUUUAAUGAAACUUUAUAAUUUCAAUCUGCUCGAAUUU